UUGCGGAACCGAAAUAGUUAUCGUUCAGCUCGUUAGCAAUCACAUCUCAAAUUAAAAUGGAUCUUUAUUAUUCGCCUCUUGCCGGCACUAGUCGUGCAAUCCUUAUGAUUGGUAAGGCUCUCGGCCUCGAAUUCAACAAGAUUGAAAUCAACGUAGUCAAGGAGGAGCAAUUGAAGCCAGAAUUUGCUAAGAUCAAUCCUCAGCACAGCGUUCCCACAAUUGUCGACAACGGUUUCACGCUGUGGGAAUCCCGUGCCAUUCUCACCUAUCUGAUUGAGAAGUACGGAAAAGAUGAUUCGCUCUAUCCCAAGGAUCCUCAGAAACGCGCAGUUGUGAAUCAACGAUUAUACUUUGACCUGGGUACCUUGUAUAAGGCUCUCGGAGAUUAUUACUAUCCUCAGUUCCAAAAGAAAGCACCUGCUGAUCCUGAGCUAUUCAAGAAGGUGGAAGAUGCCCUCGGUUUUCUGAAUGCUUUCUUGGAAGGUCAAAAAUAUGUGGCAGGUGACUCAUUCACUGUUGCUGAUACUGCCAUCUUGGCCACUAUUUCUUCAUUUACCAUUGUUAAUCUGGAUCUCAGCAAAUACACAAAUGUGGUUAGCUGGUACGAGAAUGCCAGUAAAGUAGCACCCGGAUGGGAGGAGAACUUGAAGGGCUUGGCUGCUUUGAAGGCAUUGGUUGAAACAAUGAAGUAAAGCAUACAAAAACCUAAUUCUCAUACUUCAUUUACAAAAGUGAUAUUCGUACACUGAAACAAUAAAUUAUUAAAC